AUAGAAAUCGAACUAUAGUUCAUUCAAAUAAUGAAAAUGAAUACUUUUUUGAUAGGAAUGGUUACGCAUUUCGUUACGUUUUAGAAUAUUAUCGUAAUGGUGAAAUUUUAUGGCCAAAUGAAAUAUUUUUUGAUACAAAUUUAUCUUAUAUAUCAAAAUAUGAAUUAAUUAAAGAAUUUGAUUAUUUUCAAAUUCCUAUUAAAAUUCCUAAUUCUUUACCUACAAGUCAAAUGUUAGCUAAAAGACUUGAUGAAUUUAUGACUACUUUAUUAGAAUGUUCUUUUGAUAUAAAAUUAUCUUUUAGAACUUAUAUGAAUAUUAAAUUUUAUGAAUAUUCUAUAUCAAAUGAAGGUAAUCUACCUACUAUGUUUAUGGUUAAUCCUUAUAUUGAUAGUGUAUAUAGAAAAUUAAAACCUUUUGAAUCUUGUGGUUAUAAUUUAUCAAUUUUUUUUAAAGAUGAGAUUAAUUCAUUUAUGAGUUCUUCUUUAUCAAAAUUAUCUUGUGAUAUUAAGAAGGUUAAAAGUCCUGAUUGUGUUGUGAUAAGGAUGUAUAUUAGUGAUAAUAUUGAUUGUGAAGAAAUUCUUAACCAUUCC